AUGACUUCUAAUUUAAAAUCGAUUAAUUUUAAUCGUGGAGAAGUCUGUGAACAGACAUCAUCUGAUCAUGCUUCUGCCGUUGGUGAUUAUGGUACUGCAUCUAUUAAUUUAAACAAGAGUGCUGAUUCUCAAAUUGUGAAUGUUAGUACAAUAAAUGGUGGUUUAUUUCCUAACAAUGAUCCAAAUCUCGAUAAUCCAUCAUUAGCAAUUGAUACUUCUUUAGUUAAUUCCUCUUCCUCUUCAUCUGUUCGUCGUCCUCUUUCAAUGGAUGUCACCGAUGAAGAAUUUCAAACUGUUACUUAUAAAAAAUCUUCUAAAGUUGGUCGGCAGCAAGUUUCUUCACCUGAUCUAGUUUUUCCUCAUCACAUACAAAACGUGCUUAAUGUUAAUGAAACUAAUGAUAAUUCUGUAUUAUCUAAACAACUUAACAUUACAAAUGAAUCAACUCGUUAUGCUCUUACACGGUAUCCAUUUGCACCUUUUGUUUUACAUUUUAAAACUGGUACUGUUACAAUUCAUCAAGUUAAAGAAGAAUUAGUUAAUCAUGGGAAGAAUGUUCAUCAAACUGAUCUGCAAUUAUUAAAUUGUCGUUCAACUAAUGCUGGUCUUCGUAUGAAUGAAUACAAUAUUUUAGUUUAUGUCAAAGAUGUUUCUACAUUCUCUUUUCUUCUGGAUCAUCAAAAUUGGCCUAACUCGUUUGGUAAUGAACCUUAUAUAUUACAAUCGUUACCUUCUAUUCCACCACAACUUUGUUUAUUAAUUAAAAAUGUUGAUUUAAAUCUUGAUUUUGAAGAUUUUAGUGAUACAAUUAAAGUUAAAUAUCCGAAGGUAUUAAACGUGAUCCGAAUGAAAAAUAAAUUUCAAAAUAAUAUCAAAAUGAUUAAACUUGAAUUAACAUGUCAAUCUAUUCGUGAUAAAUUACUCAAUGAACGUCGAAUUCUUGUUAACCACAUAUCGUAUGAGAUUGUUGAAUACUUAUCUCCUGCAAAUGUAUUGAUAUGUUCAAAAUGCAUGGCUCUAGGCCAUUUUAAAAAGCAAUGCACUCAGAUUAAAGAAACCUGCCGUACCUGUGGUGAACUUUAUGAUGAUAUUAAGCAUCACAAAUGUUCAAAAAUUGAAAAAUGCAUCCAUUGUAAUCAAAAUCACAAAUCAAGUUCUCUUAAAUGUCAGGUGGUGAAGACUUAUCGUGCUGAAUUAACUAGAAAGUUAUUGAAUCUCAAUAAUCCACCGGCACCAGUUAACACACUUUCUUCUGCAAUACAAAACUAUGUUUAUAAACCUUCGAAUUUUCCACCACCACUUUUAUCUCAGCCACCACAAAUUACUCCUAUGAUGAACAAGUUGGAUGAUCUAAUCAAUAGUUUGUCUGAGAUGAAAAAACAGCUUGUUAAUGUCGAAGUUAAACAAAACAAAGUUGAACAAUUUAUCUUGGACAAAGAAAAGAACGAUGAAAUUAUUAAACAAAAAAUAACUAAACUUUCCAAUGAUCAUGAAGAUUUAAAGAAGGAUGUUAUUCAUCGUAAUUUAUUUAUCGAUCGUCAUGAAAAUUUAUUUGUUAAACUUACUAUACCAAUGUUUGAAGAUUUAUUUACUCUUAUUGCAUCACAGAAUCAUGAUAAAAAAGGCAAUGUGUUAGAUGCUGAUUUGAAAAGUAAACUUGAACGUUAUCUUAUUCAAAUGAAGAAUGAUAAACAAGGUCUAAGAUGGCAAGAAGUUCUUCUUCUUGAUUCAUCUUUAAAUUUCGAUGUUCUUAUCCUUUUAGAAACUGGUCUAUUGGACUUGUCGUUUUAUGAAAAAAAUUUUUAUAACUAUCGAUUAUUUUUUCAAAAAGGUGAAAAUAGUAAUGGUGGUGUAUUAUUGUUAGUAAAGAAUUUCUUGCAAGUUUCACGAGUUGAAUGUAGCAUACCGAACGUAUGCGUAGUUGAUGUUAAAGGGAUUGAUUAUGUUCGGAUAGUUGGAAUCUAUGCUCCAGAGAGCAAAUCGUGGAAAUGGGAUGACUUGUCUCCAGUUAUAUCUAAUAAAUGUGUGGUGUUUGGUGAUUUCAAUGUCGAUUUGUAUAAAGAUACUCAAAAGUCAGAAUUGUUGUUAGCUUGGACAGAUGAACAUUUUCUUGCCCCUUUCUUACCUAAUUCACGAACUUCUCUACGCUCUGAUAGAAUAAUAGACUUUGCUUUUGUGAAGGAUAUUGAUAUUUCUAUUCAAACUUAUCAAGGUAAUACAACUAGUGAUCAUGUUCCAGUUCUUUCCGUUCUUUCGGUAAAGACCAUAAAAAAUCAAUUAGCAAAUGCUGAUAUGAUGUGUAAUAUUGCUGCUAAUUAUUAUGAAGAUUCAUUUAAAAAAUCGGAAAUUAUAAAACCUCAUCCAUAUACUGACUCUCCUGUUGUUGAAUAUGAUAAUGUUGAUGAAGUUAUUCCUGAAGUAACUCUAGAGGAAUUAAUAUAUACUGUCCAAAUGAAACGUAAAAAGAAAUCUGUUGACGCAAACGGUAUAAGUAAUUUUAUGUUCAAUUUCCUGGAUUUAAAUCAUUGGAAAUUAUUUCUAAAUCUUUUUAAUCAUUCUUUCAAAACUGCUCUUUUACCUAGUGCUUGGAAAGAUACCAGAAUGAUUCUUCUAGCUAAAAAAGAAUCCAUAUGUUCUCCUUCUUUAACUCGUCCUAUUUCUCUUAUUGAUUCGUUUCUUAAGAUCGGUGAAAGAUUAUUUUUGACUAGAUUUCGUGAUAUUCUUGUAAAUCGAGGAUUGCUUCCUGAUAAUCAAUCAGGAUUUCGUGAUGGUUUUCGACUUCAAACCCGGUUGUUGCUAUUUCUAGAAGAUAUUUAUAGUCUUAUGUCGAACAGUUCUCCGGUUUGUACUAUUUUCAUUGACUUUCGUUCAGCGUUUGAUCAGUUGUGGCAUCAUGGUUGUAUCGGUAAACUCCGUCGACUAGGUAUUCCAAUCUCUUUUCUGAAUUGGAUUGAGGCUUGGCUUUUGAAUAGAAGGGGUUUUAUUGAAAUUGGUGGUAGAAAAUCUCGAUGGUUUUCGAUUCAAAAAGGUGGACCACAAGGUAGUGUUCUUACACCAACUUUAUUUAUCACUUAUCAUUGUGACAUGAGUCAAUUUCUUUCUUCAUGUUCCAGUCAUUUUUUUGCAGAUGAUGUUGCUGCUGUUCUUGCCGGUCAAAUAGGUAUUCGAUAUACGGAUCAAUGUAUCGAUUUAGAGAAAAGAAUUAAAUCAUUUGUUGAUUAUUUAGAGUAUUAUGCAUCUAUCGCAGAUCAACCUUUGAAUAGGUCAAAAACUGAAGCACUUUUUAGUGCACGAGCUAUAGGUAAACCAAAAUUCUUCAUCUCAUUUGGUGAUGCAGGGAAUGAUAUGAUUUGUUGGAAAGAAGAAUAUAAAUAUCUUGGAUAUAUAGUUUCUUCUAAGUUGGGUUGGGGAAAAUUGAUAAAAAAUGUGGAGUCCAAGGUUCGUAAAAGAGUUACUUUAAUUCGUUCAUUUAAAUUAUUUGGAUGUUCUAGUCCUGAUCUUCGAAAAGUUCUUUUCUACUCAUAUGUAUUACCUAUUUUUACCUGGAUCUAUCCCAUAUAUCCUCUUUUAACUCGUAAACAACAAGAAAAUUUAUCUAAGUUUUAUUAUACGUCUCUCCGUCGUACGAUGUUUUGUCUUCAAUGGAAUGAAAUCUUCUUUGCAUAUGUACUAGAUGAAUUGUCAUUAGAGGACAGGUGCGCUGCAUAUUGGAAUAGAUAUAUUGAUGCACUUUCAAAUUCUACUGAUGGUUUUCUUCUUCUUGAAAAAGCUAAUAUGUGUGAAUUUCGUAAAAGCUGGUUGAAUAGAGAGUUUUCUAUUAAAGGUUUAAGAACAUCAAAAAGAUUUGUUCCACAUCUAUCUAUCAUUGAAAAAGUUAUAUCGUGGUUGUCUUCUAUUCCUUCUAAAUCUUCUGUUCCUCAUUAUGAUCUUGAUGAUGUUCUUCUGUUACAGCAUUUUCCCGAUACAUUUUGUUAA